GCAUUUGAUCUUAUAAUUGCAGUCGUACAGGCAUAACCUUAGCCUCCUUAAAUAUACAUAUAUCUUUAAAUAAGUCAAAAUAUAUAUAAUUUUUACUGGGCUCUUUGAAGAAUUUUGUAGGUCUUAGUGAAAAAAGUCAUUGACUAUGUGUAAAAUUCAGAAAGAUGGCAGAAAAGUAAAGUUGUGAUCAGGACGGCUUGGAGAAGUCGAGCCCCAAUAAAAAUCGAGAAGCAGAUCGGCUGAGCGAGGAGAGGAGAGGAUGAGGCAGUAGCCUCCAGCUAAGUGGUGUUAAGGAGCGGAGAUUGGGUCAGCAUGCGGGAGAUAGUCACCCUGCAGAUCGGCGGAGCCGGCAAUGCCAUCGGUGAUUCGUUCUGGCACGUGAUCUCGCAUGAACAUGGCGUGGACUAUGCCUCGGGCAGAUUUGGCGGCACCAGUCCCCUGCAGCUGGAGCGGAUCAAUGUGUUCUUCAAUGCCACGGCCAGCAAAAGGUUCUAUGCCCGCACUAUACUCAUUGACACGGAGGCCAGCACCAUUCAGCGCUUGAACGCCAGCAGUCAGUUGUACAGGCCGGAGAAUUUCGUGGCCGGCUCGGAGAGUGCUGGGAACAAUUUUGCCCGUGGCUAUCACACGGAUGGUGCCGCCAUCUUGGAGCAGGUGCUGGACAACACCCGGCGGGAGGUGGAAUCGGUGGACUCGCUGCAGGGCUUUCAAUUGCUCCACUCGAUCGGCGGCGGCACCGGCUCCGGCCUGACCUCCCUGAUAAUGGAGGCCCUGGUCGAACAGUAUCCGGACAAUUUGCUCUGCAAUUAUGUCACAAUACCAUCGCCCAAUAUGUCCCAGGUGGUGGUGGAGCCAUACAAUGCCCUACUGAGCACUCCGGCCUUGGUGAACAACUCGCAUUUGACGUUCUGCCUGGACAACGAGGCGCUGUUCCAGAUCUGCAAUAGGAACCUGAAGAUCAAGAUGUCCGGCUACGAGCACAUCAACCACAUUGUGGCCCUGACCAUGUCAGGUAUAACCACUUGCCUAAGGUUUCCUGGCCAGCUGAAUGCCGGAUUGCGCAAGAUCUAUGUGAAUAUGGUGCCAUUCCCGAGGCUUCACUUUCUCAUACCGGGGUUCGCACCGCUGGUCACCUGCAAGCAGCAGCAGUUCAGCAAGGGCACCGUUUCGGAACUGGUGCAGCAGAUCUUCUCCAGCAACAAUCUGCUGUGUGCCAUCGACCUGCGGAAGGGCAAACUCCUGACGGCGGCGGGCAUUUUCCGGGGCAGGAUGUCGCCGCGCGAGGUGGACCAACUGAUGACCGGGGUGAGGAACAAGAAUAUCAACAAUUUCGUGGACUGGAUACCGAAUAACAUCAAGACGGCCAUUUGUGAUAUUCCGCCGAGGGGCCUCAAGAUGUCGGCCACUUUCAUAGGCAACACCACGGCGAUACAGUCGCUGUUCCAGCGAUUACUGGACGGUUCCAUGGCCAUGCUGCGGCGCAAGGCCCACCUGCAUUGGUACACCGGCGAGGGAAUGGAGGAGCAAGAGUUCCAGGAUGCCCAGCAGGAAUUGCAGGCCAUCAUCGAUGAUUACCGCAGCAGUGCCGAGGGCGAGGAUUCAGGUGGCGGUGGCGGAGGAGGCGGUGGCCGCACUGGAAGCGCCGGGGAUGAGAGCGGCGAUGAGGAGGCCGCCGCCGCCGGUCCCCAGUGCCCCUAUUGCGCCGAUUAGCCCACUGACAUCCAUUCCACAUCACCCACAUUUAGCUAAGCAACCCUCCCGAAAAGUGAUUCACCGAUCCUGGGGUUGCCAAAUUCAAAAAAAAAGUGUCCUCCGUUGUUGUCGCGCGUCUUGGAUUCGGAUUCAUGCAUACUUCUGGGGCAUCUGCAAUCCCGAAGGAUGAGUAGCAAUUUGUUCAGGAUAUAUUUCGAGUAGAAA